CGAUUAUCGUCGUCUAAUUUACUCGAUAUUUUCCCAUCCUCUUUAUUGCCUCGAAUCAAAUAUUCCUCGACUGGCAUAAGGCAUUCUUCUCUCCCUUGCUUGCAAGGCUUCGGUAUACAUUAUCUGGACGCGGAUUCUUUGGAGUUGCCGAGACACGAUGUUUGACAGAUUGGUGCGGGAGCCCUACCGCCUCGCCACUACGAACGAAUACACCUCGCGCUUCGCGACAUCCUGGUUCCUCUCACCUCUUCAACUCGCGAUAUGGCGCGCCAUUGUCGCCUUUUACGCCUUCAUCGUCAUCUUUAUCAGUCUUGGACAUGAAGGCAGUCGCGAUGCAGGUCGAUCCUUCAGCUACUUCACGGUAUUGGGAUACUGGGGUCUCGCAUUUUACUACGCCGUCUCCUGCGCACACUCGGCAAGUUUCUGGCUCUACGGCGAAUCCUGGCUGCAGAAAUGGCCUAGGUCUCUUCAAUGGCUGCACUCUGUGUUCUAUGCCACCGUCACAGUAUUUCCAUUUGUCGUAACCGCUGUCUUCUGGGGUGCUCUGUCCAACGGAGCAUUUGCCAAUGAAUGGACGACUUGGUCGAAUAUUUCUCAACAUGCACUCAACUCUGUCAUGGCGUUUGGCGAGAUUGUGAUCCCGCGUACGCUUCCGCAUCCUUGGUUGAACAUUUUGCCUCUGGUUAUUUUGCUGGCGCUUUACCUUGGACUUGCAUACCUCACGCACUCGACCCAAAACUUCUACGUUUACCCAUUCUUGGACCCUCGGAAUGGAAGAGGUCUAAUUGCAGGAGCUUGUAUCGGUAUCUUGGCCGCUGCAGUUGUGGUUUUCGUCAUCGUCCACUUCCUGAUCAAACUCCGUGAAUGGAUUACCGAGACCAAGCUGGGCCUCUAUGGGAACUUGUCCACCCGCAACGGCAAAUUGCUCAAGAGCCACACCCACGAGUCUACAUCGGUAGAACUCUCCGACGUUAGACCUAAAAACUCCGAUGUUUAGAGCGGAGUCGUUCCCUUUCUGUUCCGAGGAUUAAUUGUUUAGAUACCCUGGCCUGACAUAUGUGUCCGAGCAUUCGCGCUCAUCCUGAUAGCAACGAUAGAGACAGGAGGCAAC